UCUAGAUUUAGACCUCUAUUAGAGUCUACAUGUAAUUGUUGUGUCGAAAAUUUGAAUGUCAAAAUUCCUAUACGAUUUCUGAAUUAUAGAUCUAGACUAUUUAUUUCAUUGCAGCCAGGCCCAAUCGCUGAAUCUGCCGACGAAACGUCCAAAACUAAAAGUCAAAGUUACAAAGGUCCAUGACCAUGCUGCAUGGGCCCCGAUGCGUGACAGUAGCUCACUAGACUAGUGGCUUGGGUAUAUAGUACUAUACAGACAGUCUAGAUUAUCUAGAUGAGUAGCUGAGAUCUGAGUUGGCCGGUAACUCUACUCUUCCAAACCUCCCGCAGGAUGACAGGGGGGAUGGGAACGGGCAGGGUUUGAACCCUGGACCAUUGAUAAAUCCGAACUACAGUCCAGCGAGAAAACAGCAAGACCAGGCAGCCAUCCACUUCAUCCAGUAAUCAUAGUAAUGUCACUAAUGGUGACUUAAUGUCUGUAUAUUUCUUAAAGAUAAUAAUGAAAUAGUAAAUACCAGUACUACACUACAUCAAAUUUCUUUGUGUGUUUUACAAGAAAAUCACUCAGUAACCAGGUUGGAUUUGUAAGAUUAUUUGAAAAUGUCCAAAUCAGUCAUCACUUUGAAUGUUGGGGGUAUUGUGUACACGACGACUAAAGAAACUCUAUUGAAAUACCCUGACUCAAUGCUUGGCUGCUUACUGCAACAUAACCUUCCCAGUACCAGGGACUCUAAUGGUCACCUUUUCAUUGAUCGAGAUGGUAUCACUUUCAGGCACGUUUUAAAUUUUUUGAGAUCAUCACAACUGUGUUUACCUUCUGAUUUUAAAGAUUUGGACUUACUGAGUGCUGAGGCUGACUUUUAUCAAAUCUCACCUCUUAUUGAGUCAAUUAGUUACUUAAGAGAAAGCUCAAACAUUAAGGGGCGCACAUUUUACUUGGAAAUAGUAGAAGUAAGAACUGGGUCUACUGCAACAAUGCCAACCUGUAACUCUCGUGUGAAAACUAUUUUACUUGGGAGAAAAGAUGUCUUGUUGACACUUCCACCAGCUGUUGUAGGAUCUGAUUUUAUCAAAAAUGAACGUCUCAUUUGUAAAGAUCCUCAAGAUCAUACAGAGGUUGAGCUCUAUGGCAGUCCUGUACGAUUGCGGGUUGGAGAAGAAUUAAAGAACCUCGGCUGGACAUUAAUAUCUUCAGAUCUGUCCACUUCAUCUGGAUUUGACAAUAAGUCUCAAAUAGGUAUGAGUCUUAUAAUAGAGCACACAUUUAGAGAUCGAUGGAGUAGAGUUUUUGAACCUGAUGAGCCUAUCAGAAUAAACCCCAAUCACACUGUUUACCUAGAGGAAGCUAAUGCCUGAGUAGUGAAAACAUAGUAUUAUUUUUUUAAAGGAAUUCUAUACAUAAUUGAUUAAAUUUUUUUUAUUUGCAUUCAAUUUUGGAAGAUUUUUUUUAUAGUGUAAUGUAACAGAAGUAGAUGCUGAAGGUAUUCAUUUCCAAGACCAUUAAAACUGGAUCCCAUCUACAAACUUACUUAUUAAUUGAUAUAAAAAAUAUAUAACUUUGUAAUUUUGUUAGAUUUUCAAAAUUGCAUUUCUUAGAAAAUAAUUGGUUUAACAACUCAGUAUUGUAAUUUUGUUACUAAAAAUAAAAUGCUGAUGUAUGAUAGCUUAACUUUUUUCAUUUGUCUAGCUCUGCAGUGAAUUUUUUUUUUUUUUUUGAAGAACAGGAUUCUGAUAUUUUAAAAAUUUUAUGUUUUAUUCUUUAUUCUAGCUAGUUAAGCAUUUUAUUUUUACUUUUUAAUAAGUAGAAAAAAUGACUAGCUAGAUUAUCUAGAAGUAUUCAGAUUAUUGACAGCAAGAUAUUAUUACCUUCAGUUCUUUACAAAAACUGUUGUGCAAAUAAUUUUUUUUUACUAUUUAUUAAAAUUAAAAUUUGUUUUGGAUAUCCCAAACAUCUUCAUAUAUUUUUUUAUAUAUAAUAAAAAUAAUACUAGAUCUAAAUGCUUUCAAAUGCAAAAUUUUAGUAAAUGAAGGAUAGAAUGAAACCCAAGUGAAUAAAAUAAUUAAUCUCUCGGAUAGAGCUUACAUUCAUAUUGUAGUAUCCCUUCUCAGAUGCUACCAUUUUUUUAAAAUUAUGUUUUAAUAUAUUUUUAUUAGUAGUAUUAAAUGAAUAAUUAAACUCUCUUCAUAAUCAUACCAGGAAAAAAAUUUGCUCAAAUAAAUUUACAUUUGUAAUAUAUUGCAGAUUUUGAAAAUCUAAAUCAAAAUCUCUUAAAUAUUACUCUUAAGCCCACCUCUUCAGUAGUUAUGAUCUACGGCUUUACAUUAGUUUGUUUGUUUUAUAUGUUUCGGAUGUAUCUUCAGAGUUGAACAUAAUCUAUAUCCUAGUCUGAAACUCCCACAGGAUGAUCAGGGUAUGGCAAGGGGGCAGGGUAUAAACCCGGGACCAUCAAGACAACUGAACAACAGUUUAGCGCACAUACUGAACGACCAGGCAAACAUAGUAUAAGAUUAUGGAAUAAGAUAAGAAUAUGUUAAACUAGUUUAAACUGCUUUCCUAUGUCUUUCUGAGCUACUCUUGUAUUGAUGUAUUUGUAUUAUGUUAAUGAAUGUUAUACAAAUUUGAGAUUUCUUUUCUUUGCAAAAUGGUUUUGGACAAUCUUUACUUUUUAGGGUAUAAUUCAUGUAUUUUUUUGCUUUGUAUCUUUAUGAUUCAUACAACUGUACAUUUUAUAUCAUUUUGCUUAUGAAAAGAUUACAUUGCACCAGAAAGUUUGAAAUUAGCUUAUUGUGGUCUGUUGGCAGACUUAAAGGCAGCAUAAUCAUAAGUGCCAAAAGAUUCCUGCUGAUGCUUGAUUAGUUGAAAAAUAGUCACUGUUAUAAUUUAUCUUGCUCUUGACCAAAUUCAAAUACUUUUAUAGGCUCAGUAUAGUCAUGAAAAAGAUCAAGUGUGUGGUUUUGUCUUCUAAAAAGUACUAUCAAUUUAUUAAUCAAUAUGUGAAGGAAAUUUACAUUUGAAAUACCGGUAUCUAUUUAAUUCAAAAAGUAAAGUGAAUUAAUUUGUUGUUUCUUUGUCUUUGAAAGCUGCGCAAAGACAAUUGUCACUUUACACAACUAUUGUCAAUUUUUAUCUGACAGUUAUAUUGAAAAGUCAUGUAAAGUUUACCUUGAUUUCUGCACUCAAUGAUGUCAGAGAGUAACAAUGGUUAUAUGCCAGGGGGGCAUAAAAAAAAGAAUACAUAUUUAUUUUAGGCAUUGAAUCAUAUACAGAUGAUGAAUCUGAUUGCUUAGUAUAACCAGGUCAAAGUGUAGUUAAGGCUUAAGGUCAAAUAAGUAGAACCUUUUUAAUGUAAUAUUUUAGGAAAACUGUAUUUAACCCCUAGUUAACUGACCUAAGUUAAAUACACUUGGCUCUGGUUACACUUACCAAACAACUUGGACUCUUGAUGAUAGUAUAUAUUUUUUUUUUAAAUUGCCUUUUGUAAAGCACAUCUUUCAUGCUUUCUCAGUGCGCUAUGAUCCAGUCUCUUUUGGGGACCAGUAAAGGCGGGGGGUGGGAUCUGGCAGAAGGUUUAUAUGCUGCCUUCAGGUGCUCAGCAAAAACACCUAGCUCAAGUAGGGUUUUGAACUUGAGCCUCUUUGAAAGGUAGUCAAUUGGUUUAAAUGCCUCUUAGCUACACAUCCCACUUCUGUUGUUAAGUAUUAUGUUGAUCCACAUUCAUUGCUAAAUAAGGCAUUAAUUAUAUCCUGGUUUUACUUUUAAUUUGUUCUGAUGAAUGCUUUGAUUUUUUUAAUUGUUAUUUACUUUUCAUUUACAGUGAAAGACAAUAGAUUUAAUUUUAUUGUGAUAUCUUAGUCAUCAAAUGUCAUAAGUUUGUUUUAAACACAUUAUUGUUUACUGUAAAUGAGUAACUUUUAAGUGGAUUGAUUAAAGCGAGAUUAAUUUA